AUGGCAGCCGCUCCAAUGAUCCAGAAGACGGAGAAGCUACGCCCCAGGGGCGCGUGCCGAGCGGCAGCAGGCCCGCAGACAAUCCAGAGAAGUUCGACGAACUGGAGAAGGAGGUAUUGUCGGUGGUCGAAGAGCUCGUUGAUCUUCAGGUGCAGCCUGUAUGAAAGGACGGGUCGUACAUGGCUGUCAUGGGCGUGGCGGCCGAAAGCACUUGGGGCCUCGAGAAGGGGUCAGCAGCGCAGAUUAUGUGGGACACUCUGGCAAGCAGAGCGCUCGCCCAUCUCCACAGCAGAGUGCUACACUACGCGUGGCGUGCUCCCCAGGUUGUUCGCAGUCAGGGCCACCGAGCUCUACGCGAAGGGGCGCCAUCCGCCGAGGGACCCCUGGCACUUCUACGUGGGCGACCCCUCGAAGCACUCGGGCCCGGCGCAGAACAACGACAAGUCGUUUGUUGAUGAGAUGGCCAAGUGCAUCAUCAACCUCGGCGAGGCUGUCAUGUCGUUGAUGUCGCCGACUACGGAUGCCUUGAGCGCCAGUCAUCUUGACCCGGGGUCGCAGAAGCCGCCGCCUCCGCCACCUGGAGGUAAAGUCCCGGGGACAGAACGGGUGCCCCUGAGGCUGGAGAGCCAGCCGGUCAUGGAGGGCUACUACAGCAACAGCGCCAAGGGCCCACACUCGGUCCACGAGCCGAUCAAGCCCAUCGGCAAGAUCGGGGCGCCCGCCAUCCCCGUCCCAGACUACGUCAACGUCAACCCGGACGAGUUCGCGACCUUUCGCAAUGAAAAAGGGGGUAGAAGUGGGAGAAUGGGACGACCUUCCGUUCGCUUCAAUUUAUUAAGACGACGAAGAGAUACACAUGCCAGGCAUGCCCAGAGCAAGCGGCGAUGCAGAUUAUUGUGCCUCGUUGGGCGAUUUCAUGGCCCACAUCAUCGAGACUGGCAGCCAGAACGCGAGGUGCGCCGGACAGUCCGGAGCAUCGCAG